AUGAUCGUUCCCGAGUAUAUUAAUAGAUCGUUCUUUGAGCAAGUUCUCAAAUGUGGCUUCAAAUUGCAAGACUUCAAAUUGCUGAACUACGAUAUUCAGUUCGGUUGUGCGCCUGGUGAAAACUAUUGCAGCACGAUUUAUCGCGUUGUGAUUAAUUAUCAAGAUAAAGAUGGGAAGGAGAAGAGAGUGCAGUGCAUUGUGAAGUUUCUCCUGAACAGUGAUCUGGGAAAGCAAUUGAUGGCGAGAUCGAAAGUCUAUGAGAAGGAAGUUGACAUGUUCGAUAGGAUUUUUCCGAAGCUGAGCAACAUUGCAGGAGGAACAAUUUUCGGACCACGAUUUUACUACACUCUUAAUGAUGAGAAUGCAAAGAUCAUCGUUGUGGAAGAUCUCGGAGAAAUGGGUCUGAAGAUGGCAAACAGACAAGAACUCCUUGAUUUCAACCACUGCGAAUUGGCGCUUAAGAAGCUCGGCAAAAUGCACGCAGCUUCCAUGAUUCUUGCCGAUGAAGAUCCCACUUUAAUGAACCUCUACAACUUUGGACUAAUGGAAGGAACAAUUGAAGAUCCGGGUCUGCUUCAACAGUGCUACAAAGGAACAUUCCCAAUGCUCUGUGACAUUGUGAAAACUUGGCCCGGAUAUGAAGACAUUGCCAAGAAGAUGGAGAAGUUGAAGCCCAAUAUUUGGGAACAUUUUUACGACUGCGCGAAGACAAAACUCGAUGGUUAUCGAGUUUUGAAUCACGGUGACUUUUGGAUCAACAACUUCCUCUUCAAAUACGACGAACAGACCAGAAAACCCAUCGAUAUUGUGUUUGUAGAUCUUCAAUUUUCGUACUAUUCUUCACCAGCGCACGACCUUCAGUAUUUUCUCAACAACAGUCCAACAUUAGAGGUUCGAGAAAAUCAGCGAGAAUCGCUUUUGCGCGUUUAUUAUGACGCAUUUCGACAGACACUCGAAGAUCAAAAGCAGACAAAUAUUCCCUCUUUUGGCGAUCUGCUCGAAGAUAUGGGAAAACGCGAAAUGUAUGGCUUUUUCACAGCCACUCAUAUUUUUCCCGUGAUUGUAAUGGAACGUCAAUCUGAGCAGGGCAGCGGAAUUGAUGGUUUGAUCGAUGAAGAAGCUGCUAAGGACAUGCUCAAGAUCAUGCUGACAGGGAAGAGAUUUGCUGAAGUCGCGAGAAGCUUCUUGAAGCACUUCGACAAGAUGAAAGUUCUUGAUUUGUAA